AAUAAUUAAUGUAAACAUAAACAUAUUAUGACAAAUCUACACACGAGCAGCACGAGGUGUAAUCACAGUUGGCUGCGGGCCAGCCAAUCAACAACACUGGCCCUACCAUUGGCUACACUCAUUUGCACUAGAUUAUCUUAACCAAAUCUAAAUUACACUCUUAAUUUAAUAUUUUUGACUCUUCAUACUCAGUAAUAGUGGUCAGUCGGUACUUAUUUCUAUUAAGAAUUUAUAUUUAAAAUUGUUCAAUCUUUUGUCCAAUAAAUACAAAAUUAAAUUAAAUUUUAUUAUCUCGAGGGCAGGUUAAUUUUUAAGUAAAAAUACUGAGUACAAAAUUUUUGUAAUAAAUAAAAUUACAUUUUUGCAGAAAACAUUAAAAAAAGUAGAAAAACAACAACUUUUCAAAGUUGUUAUCCCAAGUACAGAACACGUAGCUUACACUUUGCAUUCACUGAUUAUUUAGAUUCCACAACUUUAGAGUCACUAAGCACAGUCACAACAACUACAAUCCUUUAGUUCCGUUCGUAUAACCGGUAACCGCGAGAGCGUAGCGCGCGCGUGUUGUCGACACGGCACGUGGCACGCGAGUGUCCGCGGCCCGCACCCGCCGCGCCGCCGCCCCCGGCGGGCCCGCCGCAGGCCCGGCAACCACGCGUCACACCAACACCGUGCCGCCGCCCGCCGUUCCCUUUUAAGCUCUCGCCUUACACCUCUCAUGCUAUUCGCAACUCAGCCACAGCCGAGCGCACGCGACAACCAAAGCUAACUCAGACCCUACCCAGACACACGAAGACAUGUCUGCACGACUGAUUCUCGCCAUCGCCGCAGCGGCCGCCCUCGCAGCCUGCGUCGCCGCGAUGCCCAGGGAUUACCGCGACCCCAUCACGCUGGACCUCAACACGGUCCUAAACAAGACCGUCUGCCCGAUCAACGUGACGAUAGACUCGGACAUGGAUCGGAUCCCGAAGCAUAUUAAAGUGAUGAAGUGCCAGCGGGACCCGAACGUUUGGUGCGCCAAGAUGCACAUACCAAAGUACGAAUGCUGCCAGCACCAGCGGGACAACGUGAAGCUGCAGUGCGUGGAGAUCCAGGACACGGUGCAGGUGUACUACCCGGCGACGGGAUCGACGCAGCUGUACCGCGUGUCGGUGGGCUGCGCCUGCGUCAUGGAGGAGGCGGCCACGCUGAUGGAGCCCACGCCCGGCGGCAGGUGACCGCGCCCGCGCCGCUAGUGCCGCAGUGCUAAAAGUGCCAGUGCCACUCAUUCGCCAUGGUUGUGACGCCCUGUAUAUACUUAGUCAAAUAUACCCCACGCCCAGCAGGAGACUUCUCCUGCGACGGCGCUCCUGUGACGAUGGAUCUCCCGGUAACCCUGUAUUCAGGC